GUACUGAGUCAGCGGCCAUGCGCAAAUGGACCCAGAGGAGGGCUGUGCUGUGUAGGUUGUAGUCUACAUAUCUGUGCCUGCCGGACUUCAUACACACACACGCACACAUUGCCGACUGGAAAUCACAUGCAACAGCUUGAGCCUUGCCUUGCAUUCAUCAUCCGGGCUCCUUGAUUUAACGAGGAAAAAACAUAAAUCCAGGAUAGUCUGUUACCUUGGGAUCUCUCCAGCAACCCCUCCUCCUCUCAUUACUGACCAUCUCGGGCUACGGAUGCAGAGAGCAGCAGCGAUGCGGCGGCUCUGCUGUUAACUCGUUGGAUCCCCCCGUCUCUCUCUGUUUUCUCCGGUCCUAUCUAAAGGAGACACAAUAAAUCCAUAAUGAAGCUCAAACCGAACCAGACCAGGACGUACGAUGGCGAGGGCUUCAAGAAGCGAGCAGCAUGUCUGUGCUUCAAGAAUGAGCGUGAAGAAGAGGUUCUGCUGGUCAGCAGCAGUCGGCAUCCGGACCAGUGGAUCGUUCCCGGAGGUGGGAUGGAGCCGGAAGAGGAGCCAUGUGGUGCCGCUGUGCGAGAAGUGUUUGAGGAGGCUGGCGUGAAGGGCAAGCUAGGACGUCUGCUUGGUGUAUUUGAGCAAAACCAGGAUCGAAAGCACCGGACGUACGUGUAUGUGUUGACGGUCACAGAAACACUGGAGGCCUGGGAAGACUCCGUCAACAUAGGCCGGAAGCGGGAGUGGUUCACCGUGGACGAGGCCAUCAAAGUGCUGCAGAGCCACAAACCCGUCCACGCCGAGUACCUACGGAGGCUCCAGCUCAGCUGCUCCCCAACCAACGGAAAUUCCAUCCUCCCAGGCCCGCCAACAAACGACAACUACCCUCAUUACAGCGCUACCGCCACCACCCCCUCAACGGGCAGCGUGUUGGGCACCUCCUGCAGAUAGGACUGCACCUAAACCCUGUGUCCUGUCCUGCGUUGACUGGUCACCGAAAGUCUGUACAGUCUUGCAUGUAUCUAAGGGUUUUUCAGAGUUACGGCUCUCCUGUAUGUAUAAUUUCUAGUCUUAUCUGCUGGACACACCAAAGCCAUGGCCAGAACUGUGUUAAAGACUUGUGUGACAGAGCAGGAGAAGUCUCUGACAGAAAAACUGUGGGUGUAGCUAUUUCGAGAACACUUUUUUUCUUUUGCUGGGAAACAACAGACUGAUGAGCUGGAGCUUGGGAAGAGGAAGCUGCAGCAGAGUCUGCUGGUGUGAAUGACCUGGUGAAGGAAUGCCUUACAGAAACUUUGUAUGAAUGUUGUAUUUGGGUUGUUUGUCGGUUAUUUUUAUUUUCUAAGCAAAAAUGGAUAUGCUUUCUAGUCAAUAAAAGAUUAAUUAACCCCAAAGGACGUUCAUGUGGGGAAUGUUGCUAGACUUAAUAAUGUCUUGGUCAUCAACCCAUGAUAAUAACCGUAUAUAUCACAUUCUGCUUCAUGGGAUCGCAUUUUUAAAAAGUCACUCAAGCAGUGAUGUAUUUUAGGGAUCUCCUCCCCAUUUAAUGUAAAGUGGGGUUUUCUUUAAACUGUCUAAUCAGUAAUUAUCAUUUUAGUUGGGUUAAUUGACAUAAAAUCACAUAUUUUUCAAAAACAAAUGAAUGGAAAUAAGUGCAAAUAUUUGUAACAAUUACUAUAAACAGCAAAAGCAAAUGGAAAGGGCCAGACAGGAAUGGCUUUUGGCCCUGAACGGUCAAAGAUGCACUUUCUCACAGGACUGUACCAGGUGAUACCUCAGUAAAUUGGAUCUGAGUCAUGAGGCUGUGCUUGAUAUCCCCUGACAUGGUACUUCCGUGUUCAUAGUUAAACUUCAGCCAAUGCCUCCGGAGUUACGAUCCCGCUAACCUUGACUGAUCCAACAAACUGGUGUUGUUGUCCAUUUAAAGCCACAUAACUUUAAUGAGCGCUUACUGUUUCCCAUGUUGUCCAAGUGAAAGCAUUUCAUGGUGUCAAGUGCAUCUUUGCCAUGCUGCUAGGGUCCAUUGAGUUGAUUUAAAAUCUAGUAAUUAAAAAAAAAAAAGUGGUUUAUGUUCAAAUCAGUUGUAUAUUUCACCAUAAAUCAAAAUGUCUACGGUUGACUACUCUACAAUAGGGUACAAUCGACCACCAAAUGACAUUUCCAUGUACAAUAUGAUUGUUUUGUUCAAUGUCUGCAAGUAACUAAGAUUACUUGCACCUAGGGCUGCAACUAAUAAUUAUUUUCAUUAUGGAUCUGCUGAUGAUUUUGGCCUAUCAAUGGGUUGGUCUGUAAAACUUGUGAAAAAUGCCUGUAACAGUGUCUGUCGAUCAAGAGUUGUUGCACACUAUCAGGAAAAGCGCUUUUACUGGUUAAGAAAUAUAUAAGUAUAAUAAAAAUAUUUCUUCCUGGUUUGGGGGUUAAUGCCUAAACAAGCUAAAUUUUUCUGUAAUAUCUCUGAUUCAAAUCCGGCCGAUUGGUGCAUGUCUCUCAACUAUAUAUUGUCAAUUACCAACAUCUACAUUUUGGAUCUGUAGAUAGAAAAAUGGUUGAAAUUAGCAGUUUAAAAUGUCACAUUUCAGAUAAUUAUUUUUUGCCCAUAAGCAGUAACUGUUCUUAUUGAAAAGAGACACCCACUCACUCCUGUGCUGACAGCUGAAUGACGACUGGUAACUAUACAGAGAAUUGUAAAUAGCGCUGAAGAGAAACAUUGAACAUGUGUUUUUAACCUGAACAAACCUUUAAAAUGUCUCUUUAUAUUUUAUAUUUUUUAACAGUGUAUAAAGGGCAGGGGGAAAAACAUGUAGAAACCCCAAUGAGAAAUGUAUGUACAGUAUAUUUGUAUCAAUGACAAUGUGCCACGUGUUUAAGGAUGUGAAGGUUGGUUGGUUUGUGUCCUAGUAUGAAAUAAUGAAAUACAGAUGGUGGAGGUAAUGCAUUUUAAAUCAUGAUGUGGUAAAACCAGUGUGUUUGUCAAUUAUGGAUGAAGAGUUGGAUUUUGGAAUGAGGUUUUCAGUGAGACAGCACAAAAUGAGGACAGGAUAGAAGUUAACUUUAACGUUAGAUUGGCAAAAACAGAUCUUCAAAAAUAUUUCUAGACACGAUGGUUAAAUAAACACUCUUUUAUGCUAUAUAUAUAUAUAUAUAUAUAUAUAUAUAGCAUCUUGCUAAUCAACUUGUGUGUGUCAGAUACACAUGACUGAGUAUUAAUAAAUAUUGACAUAAAUUGUGAAUUCGGGUUUUUAUAACAUUUUGGGAGGGUGCCGUUUUAGAAAACAAAGGCGGAACAGUAAUGAGCAGAAGAAUGUUUUGCAGGCUUUGGUAAGACAAUGAAAAUGUGUUAUUCCAACUAUAGGAGUAAAAACAUAUGUCCACUUCAGUUUUUCCAUGUGACUCAGACAUCACAACAUUAGUGUCCUUUCACCUGCUCCAUUACAAGGUCUUAUCAGCAAUAUCAUAAACUCUGAUGCACCAAUUCAACUAUCAUAAACUUUCAGCCUUGUUUGUAGAAUAAGGACUCCAUCCACCUCAAACCUGUGUGUGUGUGUGUGUGUGUGUGUGUGUGUGUGUAUUGGUGGUUGAUGAACAUGAAAUAUGAUGUGCCAAAUAAAAAAAAAAAAUGUGUUGGUAUUCAGGUGGGAACCUUUUUUGAUGUCACAUUAUACUAUACAGAUUUUUAGGCCAAUCCCUUUGUGAAAAAAAAUAUCUUCAACCUUGUUUUAUGAAUUUAAUCAAUGCAAUUUAAGAAUAUGAUCAUUUAUAAUGUGAAAAGUGUGUUUUUAGUGCUCUGCUUUCUUCAUUGUUAAAUUUAUAACUAGUGAACCCCAGGAACUUGUUCUUUUUACUCCAUGCUGUUUUAUAAAGCCAAGUCUCAUGUACCAGAGCAUAUGAAAUUACAAUCCAAAUGACAUCAAUUUAACUUAAACUCAUUAAUAUAAUAUUUUGAGCUCAGUGUCCCCCUGAAACACCUUCUUCCUUCACUUGUUGAAACCUUUUGCUUGCUGCUUGGGUCUGUGCUGAGCUAUGAACACUCCUUUUAGGGGUAAAGCACGACAGCACAUAUGAAAUGUAUGUGCCCAAGCACAACAAUGCAAGACAACCUGGACACAAGCGUCCACUAAAUGAUUUGCAGAUUUAGACAGCGUGAUUGUUUGCUGAACACAUUGUAAUGUCACAUGGAUGUAUCCAGAGAAUUUUUUUUAUGAAAGCAAACACAAGAUUUGUCACAAAUAUUAUGCACAGAAAAGUUUAAUGUGAAUGUGAUUUGAAGACCUGGACUGGAAACAGUGAUUUUGAGAAAAUACUGCAUUAAAGGGGAAACAUCUUAUUGUAA